AUGAAACUGCCAGUGGCGCUGCUACUACUUCCGGUGGUACUGCUACUCCUGCCAGCGGCCACCGGCGGGGGGGUGACCUCGCACAAGGUUAGCGCAUGUCCAGCGUGGGAAAAAAAAAAAUAUGAAAUUAAAAAGGCAUUCUUUGUGAAGAGCGCCUCAACCAUAUGCAAGAAGAGGAAACCCCUCCGACAUUUCACCAACGCAGAGGGGAAUAGCUACACAAAUGUUUACACAAUUAGGAACCCACUAAGGUGUAAAGUGGUCGAUAAGGUAAAGCUCGUGAGACAAAAUGCUCUGCAUGAAGUGUAUAACCUGGAGAUAGACCACGGGGGGAUGUUCAAAUAUUUGGAGGGGCACUCAUGCGGGGUCAUUCCCUAUUAUGAAGAGGUGGUCCAAACAGACGACAAAAAUAACCCCCAAGAGGGGGGGAAAAAAGGGGGGAAAAAAUGCGCAAGGCUUUAUUCUAUAUCCUCCAGUAACUCUAAUAAUCUCUCCAUAGCCAUCAGAAUUCAUACCUACGAGGCAGAAAAGAACGGACACCUGCAUCUGCAAUAUGGGUACUGCUCAGGGUACAUAAAAGGGUUAAAGAAAAAUGAUAAUAUAUAUUUAACGGGGGCACACGGAUGCUUCGUUCUUCCAAACAAUGUGCUGGAAGAAAACACGAAUUUGAUUUUAAUUGCCACGGGAACGGGUAUCUCUCCGUACAUUGCUUUUUUAAAAAAAAUUUGGGGAAACCAAAAAGGUAAUUUUCCACAAAAGAAGCCAUCCUAUAAAGGCCAAAUUUACCUCUUCUAUGGAGUGUACAAUGAAGACUCAAUUCUGUACCUUCAGGAGCUCCAACAGUUUGUUAAGAUGCACCCGGGCAACUUCCACGUGGAGUAUGUCUUCUCUUCUGCAAAAAAUUUGGAUGGCACUUCCCAUCAUGUGCAAGACGAAAUAUACAGGAGGAGAGAAAACUUCUUGCGCCUUUUUAAUGAUCUCAAAUGCGAGCUUUACAUUUGUGGCCAUAAAUCCAUCAGGGCCAAAAUUAUGGAAAUCCUAAAGGGGGACGACCAGGUAUGGGACGCCGAGAAGAGGAAGCGCGUUCACGUUGAGGUUUACUAGGUUUGCAUAAAACGCCACUGUUGGGUUUGCUGCGAGACGGGGAAUGCACUUCGCGUAGCGGUUGGUCAGCGGUGUGAGGUUCGUCCUGCCCCCAACCCUAUUGGCGUAUUAUCCUUUUUGCUUCUUUUUUGCUUCUUUUUUUUGUGGACGCCGCAAAGGGUCGAUAAAAAAAUGUCACUCGUUUGGGAUGUGCACAGGGGCGAAGAACAAUUGCAUAAUCAUAUGCAAACACCUCUGCGUGAGUGCUCCUCUGCGUGGGUGCGUACCUUCCCGCCGCCCUGGUCAGUCCCUCUUCUUCCCGCCGAAUAACGUAAAGUAACUCAGCAGGGAGUGGGAGAAGAAGUCGAAGCACACGUUGCAGCAGCAGAGGAACAGCACCAGGACGCUCACCACGUAGAUUAGCCACCACAUGGCGUACGCCGCUGCGAUUAGGGGAGAGCAGGAAUGAGCGGUGGUGAGCGGUGGUGAGCGGUGUUAAGCGGUGUUAAGCGGUAGUUAUCGGCAGCUAUCGAUGGCUUGCUUUACUGUGCAACAACUCGCAACCGCCGCAACAGCGCGCGGAAACUAACCCGGCGUGUGGUAAACCACGUACUUGGAGAGCCCCCUCGUGAUUUGUACUGCGAAGGGCAAAAAGGGGAAGGGUGAAAAUGCACAGCGUAUCGGAAGCAAUGCCAACCUGCGCAUGUGCACGCU